AUGAGUUUUCUACCACGCCUUCGCCAUGUGGAGGAUGAAAAGGAAUCUUUAGAUUCCUCCUCUGAGCCUAUCACGUACACCUACCGCGACGAAGCUAACCGUCCAUGGUGGAAAUUCUUUGAUGAGUUCGAGUAUCGUCAGUCCAGUGAAGAAGCUUCUCGCCGGAAGUGGUACAGAUGGUUCCCAGAGGGGACUUCUGCCCAGGAAGUGAAGCUUCUGUGCAAGCUGGACAUUCUAAUUGCCUUCUACUCUUUUGUCGGCUACUGGAUCAAGUACAUUGACAGUUCCAAUCUCAACAAUGCCUAUGUUUCGAACAUGAAGGAGGACCUUGGUAUGAAAGGCAAUGAUCUUAUCAAUACCCAGUUAAUCUUCAACAUAGGAAAUAUUUUACUGGAGCUUCCUUGGCUGUAUUUGCUGCCUAGAGUGCCAAUCAACUAUGCACUAUUUAUUUCUGAGUUUGGGUGGGCAGCUUUCACUCUAGGAACAUACAGAGUCAACAAUGUGAGUUCUUUGCAGGCUAUGCGCUUUUUUGUUGGAGCCUUUGAGGCUGCCUAUUUCCCAUGUAUCCACUACACUCUUGCCAGUUGGUACAAACCUACCGAAGUGGGCAGAAGGGGUGCGCUUUUCUACGCAGGACAGUUUCUGGGAGUCCUUACAUCCGGACUGCUUCAAUCGGCUGCCUUCAGAAACCUUGAUGGUCACCACAACCUUGCUGGAUGGCGUUGGAUGUUCAUUAUUGACGGGUGUAUCUCUUUUGCUGUUGCCAUUCUAGCUCUUUUUUCUCUCCCGGGCACACCUACCCACUGUUACUCAAUCUUUUUGUCCGACGAUGAGAUUAAGCUAGCCCGUAAGCGCAUGAAGGAAAACGGCACAGAUCCAAGACAAGAGAUCAGCAGUUUCUUUUCCAAGGAAAGCUGGUCCAAGGCACUUAAAAGCCCACACGUUUACAUUUUGGGUAUUGCAAACAUGAUGGGAUUCAACACCAACAACACUUCUGCUGGAACUUUCACUUUGUGGCUCAAAUCGCUUAAUAUUGACAUUGGUAAAAUCAAUAACUGGUCAACAAUUCCACCUGCACUUGGAAUUCUGUACGUUUUCAUCAUAUGUGGUGGUGCGGACCUUACUGGAAAGCGGUAUCUCUUUAUCAUGUUUUCGUUCCUUAUGACAUUUAUUGGCAAUGUGAUACUUGCGGUAUGGGAUGUGUCUUACGGUGCCAAAUGGUUUGCGUUCUGUUUUGCAUACUGGUCUUGGUCGCAAUCGUCAGUGUUCAAUCCGCUGGUGAGUGAUCUUUUCCGCAGGGACAACAAUGUCAGAGCCAUUGCGUGGAUGAUAAUCUAUAUUAUGGGCUUGCAGUCUAGUGUGUGGAUUAACAGGUUAAUCUGGCCAACUGUUGACAGUCCAAGAUUUGAAAAAGGUUUCACAACAUGUGCUGUGUUCAGUAUCGGUUUCAUCUUUUUGCUAUCCAUUGACUACUUCUUUUACAAAAAGGAGGAGCGGGAGCACGCUAUUGAAAAUGGUAUCUAUAUUUACAAUAGCAAAACUGGUGAAAUUCCAGAAGGGGCUGAAAAUGAUGUUCACGUGCACAGGGAGUCUAUUUCCCCUAGUGAGAAGUGA